AUGUUCGAUGAAACUACUUCUUUGGCUGCAAAUGAGGCCAGCUCAACUCCCAGCGCCGAGGAGAGCAGCUCAACUGCGAUGCUGGAGAGCAGCUCUUCGUCGACGCCUGCAGAGCAGCUCUUCGUCGACGCCUGCAGAGGUCGAGAGCAGCUCAACUGCAAUGCUGGAGAGCAGCUCUUCGUCAACGCCUGCAGAGGUCGAGAGCAGCUCAACUGCAAUGCUGGAGAGCAGCUCGUCGUCAACGACUGCAGAGGUCGAGAGCAGCUCAACUGCAAUGCUGGAGAGCAGCUCUUCGUCGACGCCUGCAGAGGUCGAGAGCAGCUCAACUGCAAUGCUGGAGAGUAG